AUGUAUUUCCAGGCGAACCCACCGGAAUAUGACUUCACCAAGAUUCAAAACUCAGUUUACCUCUACUGGGGCGAUAGUGACUGGCUUGCUGAUCCUCAAGAUAUAUCCGAGUAUUUACUACCAAGAAUACUCCACACUGUCGUGGACUACAAUCAUCUUGAUUUUAUCUGGGGACUUCGGGCCGCAGCUGACAUCUACUACCCAAUAGUCAACUUGAUCAAGCAGGACCUUUCAUAG